CACGUGACGUUUAGAGGCCGCCCGGAAGUGGCUCAAAGGGUCUAAAGGGGUCACAUGCGACACGACGGGGGGGUCCGGCCCCAAGAGGACCCCGACCACCGCGGAUCUGCUCCCCUCGGGACCGGAACAGUGGAAGCAGGGUCCAUGGAGGAGCCGGAGGAGCAGUUCCUCCAGUUCGCCCGGAACGGAGACCUGCCGGGGCUCCAGAGGCUGCUCCUGUCCACCGUGAGGGAGGAGACGCACAUCGACAUCAACUGCAGAGGGAAGAGGAAGUCUAAUCUGGGAUGGACACCUCUUCACUUGGCCUGUUACUUUGGACACAAAGAUGUGGUGGAGGAGUUACUGAAGGUUGGUGCAGACGUUAACCUGCCCAACAACGUCGGAGACACACCGCUGCACAAAGCUGCCUUCACAGGGAGGAAGGAGGUUGUCAUGCUGCUGCUGCACUAUGAAGCAUGCGCUACUGUCAUCAACGGGACAGCACAGAUUCCCAGAGAUGUCACUCAGAAUGCAGAGAUCAGAGGCAUGUUGGAAGCCGCCCAGAGAACGGAAGAGAGGAAACUGGAGGAGGAACUCCUGGAAGCUGCUCGAGAAGGAGACCAGUCGACUUUAACUCGGCUGCUCAGCAGGAAGAAGAGUCCAGACAUCAACUGCAGGGACCUGCUGGGCAACACGCCGCUGCACUCGGCCUCCUAUCGAGGUCACAGGCCGUGCGUCCUGAAGCUGCUGCGGGGCGGAGCCAGCCCCAACGUGGAGAACAACAAAGGCCAGACGGCUUUGGACCUGGCGAGCAGUGCGGCGAUCAAGCUGGUCCUCGAAGGCAUCGCUCACGCAGGUGGGACCCGGCACGUGAAGAAGCACGAGGGCCUCCUCUGGAAGAGCUCCAGGUUCUUCGGCUGGCGCUCCUACUGGGUCGUCCUCCAGGACGGGGUCAUGUCCUGGUACUCCAAACAGUCGGAUGCAGCGUCCAACGUGAGGAGACAAGGCUGCAAGUCUCUGACGCGCUCCCAGUGUUUGCUGCGAGCCAAAGAAAGCAGCUCUUUCACCCUCAAGUGCUUCGAUGACAGCGUGCAUCACUUCAAAGUGUCUCCUAGCGGCGACGCCGAGGCAGCGGCCAAGGCCUGGCUGCAGGCGGCGGAGGAGCACUCGGCCUACAGCACCCACUACUGCUCCCAGGAGCAAGGCAGCGAGGAGGAGGAGCACGAGGAGGAGGCCAAGUCGGUCGGGGAGCUGACGGACUCGCUGCAGGCGGCGGAGGCCCACCAGGAGAAGCUGGAGGAGGAGGUGGAAGCUCUUGUCUCCAUGCUGAGGGACGGCGGGCUGACUGAGAGUUUUCCGUCCACUGUGACGCAGAAAUUACAAGAAAUCCGUGUGCUGUCUGGCGAGACGAGCUCGUGUCUCCGUGUCUGUCUCGGCCUCCUCUCCAGACAGGAAGUGGUGCGCAGCCUGAAACUGGAGCAGCAGGUGGAGAGGAGCCGCAUCCUGUCGGAGGCGCUGCAGACUUUGGCCACAGAGCAUCACCAGCUGGAGCAGUCGGUGGUCGGAGGCCCGCCGCCCCCCAGCGAGGACGAGUUCCACGACGCCGUCUCCGAAUCGGACUCUGAGACGUCUCUGAGCGGCUUUGAGACGGUGGCCAGUCGGUCCGGGGAGGACGAGGACGAAGGCUCCGUCAUGUCAGGCAGCCCCCCCCACGUGUCGGGGGAGGAUCGCCAUGGCGACGAGGAAGAGUCUCAACCCAACGGCAUCACGAAACACAGGACCAGCUUACCAGCCCCGAUGUUUUCGAGGAACGACUUCAGCAUCUGGAGCAUCCUGAGGAACUGCAUCGGGAUGGAACUCUCCAAGAUCACGAUGCCGGUGAUCUUCAACGAGCCGCUGAGCUUCCUGCAGCGCCUGGCGGAGUACAUGGAGCACACCUACCUCCUCCAGAGGGCCCACGCCUGCCCCGACUCCACCCAGAGGAUGAAGUGUGUGGCUGCGUUCGCUGUCUCCGCCGUGGCGUCCCAGUGGGAGCGGACUGGGAAGCCCUUCAACCCUCUGCUGGGAGAAACCUACGAGCUGGUCAGGGAGGACCUGGGCUUCAGGCUCCUCUCGGAGCAGGUGAGCCACCACCCUCCGGUCAGCGCCUUCCACGCCGAGGGCCUCCAGCAGGACUUUGUGUUCCACGGCUCCAUCCACCCCAAACUCAAGUUCUGGGGCAAGAGCGUGGAGGCGGAGCCUAAAGGCCUCAUCACGCUGGAGCUGCCCAAGCACAACGAGGCGUACACCUGGACCAACCCCACCUGCUGCGUGCACAACAUCAUCGUGGGGCAGCUGUGGAUCGAGCAGUACGGCACCAUGGAGCUGCUCAACCACAGAACUGGAGAGAGGUGCUGCCUCAACUUCAAACCCUGCGGCCUGUUCGGCAAAGAGCUGCACAAGGUCGAAGGUCACAUUGUGGACAAAAGCAGGAAGAAGCUGUGCGCUCUCUACGGGAAGUGGACGGAGUGUCUCUACGCCGUCGAUCCCGCCGCCUUCGAGGCGCACAAGAAGAGCGACAAGAAGGCGGCCGCGGAGAAGAAAGGCGGGAAAGCGGGCUGCAGUGGCGCUCUCGACGAGGUUCCCCCCCCGGCUGCAGACACCGUGGAGAUGAUUCCAGGCAGCCAGCUGCUGUGGAGAAUCGCACCCAGACCGGCCAACUCCACCCAGAUGUACAGCUUCACGUCCUUUGCGAUGCAGCUCAACGAGCUGCACACAGAGAUGGAGGCCUCGCUCCCCCGGACCGACUGCAGGCUGCGGCCGGACAUCCGGGCCAUGGAGAACGGAGACAUCGACGUCGCCAGCGAGGAGAAGAAGAGACUCGAGGAAAAACAGAGAGCCGCUCGCAAGGACCGCUCCAGCUGUGAAGAGGAGUGGAAGACGAGGAGUCCCGCCCCGGGCCCAAGGUGGUUCCAGCAGGGUCCGAACCCCCACACGGACUCUGAGGACUGGCUCUUCUGCGGCGAGUACUGGGACAGGAAGUUCAGCCAGCAGGCGGACAUCUUCUAGCUGAGGGACGACUCCUUUCCGAAGGACAGCGUGGCCUUUAUCUCCUCAGCGGCUGUAGAAGCUUUCAAAGAAGACCUUCAGUUGAUGGCGUGGAGAACCUCUCGUUUCCUUCUUUUUAAAUGUUGACACAGUGACUUUAAACAUAUUCAUGUAUAUAAACGUGUGUCUUCUGCUCGUAGACGAUGAAUCUCACUUCGACUUGUAACCCGAGUGGUGUAAAUCCUGUGAUUCCAUGAAGCACACCUCCCAUAUGUGCUUUAUUAUUACGUGUUCAUCAUGCAACCUGCCGGGGGUCAAAGGUCACACCACGUAGAAAUGGUUGGAUUUUAUGGCGUUUUGUCUCCCUGAGAGCAUCGAAGGUAUUUUAGUGGAAACUGAAAUAAAACUCUUC